AAGACCUUGUGCACCUAGUGGCCUAGUUUCAGCGAGAAUUGCUCAUAAAUAAUAAACAACUCCGUACGAUUCGUAUGAGCAAAAAACACAGAAAAUGUUCACGAAUUUCGUAGAACAAAUAAAUCGCUGCACUUAGUAGGUUUAAAAACAAACGAGUAUCUUAGAAUUUUCACUACUAAAAUGCACGCAGAAACAUCGAUGUUUAUUUUCAAAAACGGAAUGUGUGUUUUGAAUUGCAAGCGAUUGUUAAUGUGCUAGUAGAGCAAGUACCGAAGUAGCUAAAUCGAGAGUAUUCUGGAGCAAGGUUUUAUAUACGAAACUAAAAUCAACAUCUUCGGAUCUGAUGGAAGACGUAUGGUGUGGAGAAGGGAGUUUUAUGUUCAACAUUUGGUUCCCACAGUAAAACACGGUACAGUGAACAAAAAAUGGACCGAAACGAUGCCACGGCAUUUGCAGGUAGUGCUAGACCCCAAGAGCGGCCACAUCAAAUACUAAAUGAUUAAUAUGUUAUUUGCCACCAAGUUCAACUGAUUUUUUAUGUAAAAAUAGAGCUAUGUGCCCAAUUGACCAUGUCUGAAUUGAAGAUUUUUCAUUUACUUUUUAUAUUUUUUUUUAUAUUCCAUUUCAACUAGCUAAGAUAACUCAUAGAGGAUCGAUUCUAUUAAGAAAAAAAGAUGUUUUAUUUCUUCAUCUAAAACAAAAGUUGCUUCGAAUUAUCUAUUUUUGAAAUCCGCAAAACUAAAAUACAACUAACCCAUUCCCGGCGGGUGAUGCCGUAUGACAUCACCUGACAUCUAAACUCUGAUUACAGCUUAGCAUUUAUACUUGCCCAAGUGUGUAUGCUCAAUUUCAUGAUUGACUGUAUGUUGAUUGCUUUCACAAUUUUUUCAUGCAUGAUUUCAGCCGAGAAGUUUUUUGAAUAAUUAUCAUAAAUAGUUAAUAAGUUAUAUUUAAAUGAUUAACUAAUGUUUUUAUAUACAUAUGACCAACAGACGCUUUCUCAACAGUUGAGAAAGAUUUUAUCACUACGCUAGGUAAACUGAAACCGUUGGUACAACAAGAAUUGUUCGGUAGCAUCUGUUUAGUAUAUCGUCAAACAUAGUCUAGUCUAGUGAGAAUAAAAUACAAGAUGAUAAUAAAUGACGUUGAUUACAGCUGUCAUGUAGUAGGUCAUGAUUAUUUCGGUUGAUGCAGUAAUUGUCCGACUAUUUUUUUCACGACAAUAUGACACUUUGAGUAGGAAACUCGAACAUAAGGCAUCGAGACAAUGAAAACUAUGAAAAAUUACUGGGAGUUCGGCAGUAUAGGAGUUGUAUCCUAAUGUUUACCAGAGUUGAUGUAUUAUUUUUCAACACCGUGUGGAUUAAAACAAUUAUGUUGUCAGUAUAAUACUGGUUUGAACUCUAUCUUGCAUUUUAUUCAAAUGACCAUUUGGUGGAAAUCGGUUCAGGCAUUCCGGAGUUAAGAUAGAACAAACAUUCAAACGAUCAUAGAUACAAAUGUUAAGCUGCACACUGAGAAUGAUUUGCAAUUAAUUCUGAAGCAUUCAACCAUUGGUUACUCAUACUAUUUGUUAUGUCUUAUAUGUUUAUAUGAUAUGCUAUUCAAGCUAUAUGUACUCAAAAGACGACCUUAAACCAUUUGUUUGAAAGCAAAAGGAAAGAUAACACCUCUUCGUAUCAUUGUAAAAAGCAGUCAUUGGGUAAAAACCAGUUCCCUGCGCUCUGAUUUCAAUUAAGAUACGUUUUCCGUUACACUUAGCUGAUACAUGUUUAACAUGCUUUUCUACUUUUAAUAAUAUGUAACGGGUUAUGUAUGUAUGACGCCAGUGAUCAAAGGUAUAAAUAUUACUGGCGUGCGAGUUGGAAUCAUUUGUUAGUAUUUCCUUUUUUCCGAGUUAUAGCAAAGCCAUUGACAAUUGUGCGCAGAAAUGAAAGCUUUGAUUAUAGUCCACUUUGGACUGCUGAUACACAUGGCCACCGCAAGGUUUAUAUCAGAUAAUGUAUGUUUGGCUAUGCCGAACGGCCAAAAGUUACCCGUUACGAAUGACUGCGGUUCCUAUAUUGUUUGUGUAUACAAUACACAAAGUAUUCGCCACUGUGCUAGCGGAACAUUGUUCGAUCCAAUGACAAAUGUGUGCAACUGGGCGAGUAUGGUGAAAUGUGGCGAAACACCAACCCUGCCGCCAUUUUGGCAGCCAACAACGGUCACAGAGCAUCCCAUUGUCACACAAAUGCCAAUAAUAACCACUCCAUUUUGGCUGCAAACAACUAGAGCUCCGAUAAUUGUGCCUUCGACUACAACUACAACAACUACCACAACAACCACCACACUAGCACCGAUCACUACACGGGCUCCCGAGAAAAAUCCUUACCCGAAAUGUACUAGUGAUGGAUUCUACUUCAUUCCUCACCCUUCGACAUGUGAAAGUUAUUACAUAUGUGCUUCUGGAAUGCUUGUACUUCAUAGUUGUGGCAAAGGAGUCUACUGGAAUUCGGAAACAAAUCAGUGCGACUUUCCUGCUAAUACCAAUUGCUCAAAUUUACCGAACCCAGCAAAACCACAAACGUCAACUCCAUCGAAUGAAGUGACUACGGCAUCUAAACUUCCGAAUUGCAGAAGCAGUGAGAUUUUCCAUCCAAGCAUCGAGAAUUGUGCAAAGUAUUACAUCUGCAUCGGAUCAUCACCAAUUUUGAUGAGUUGUCCCUCGGAUUACGUCUGGAAUCCGAGGAUUUCCCAAUGUGAUCGACCGGAAAAUACACAAUGCGCUACUUCCUUCAAUUGAAAAACGGUGUGAUGCGAGGUGGAUACUAAUUUUAUAAGGUUGUUUAGAUAAUUUAUUCCAAGAUGAUAGUCAUUCAGUAAUAAAAUCUGAUAUGUUAAAAUGGA